CACAUCUCUCCGCGGCCGUUUUCCACGGGGACUGAUGGUAAAUCAAACAUGAGACGAGUCUACUCUUCUCACUUCUCGGGCUGGAUAAAAACGCUACCACGGACAAACCCCUCUUCCAACAUACCACACCAUGGAAGUUAACGAAUCCCUGAGCUCGGCUACCGAGAAGGAUAAGGUCGGGAGGAAGGCCUCUGGAGCUCCAACGGUUGAACAUGCCGAGGGCCGCAAACACGGCAUCUAUGAUGUCGAGGGCGCAUCUGCCAACCGACUCGGUGCGGUAUUCGAGAAUCCCCUGGCGGGCAUCCCUCGGGACCAGCUCUUCGCCGACGUGGAUCGCUUCUGCCACGAUCACAAGCUAGAGGACUAUCGCGACACCUUCCGUAAGGGUGCCCUCCUCUCGCAGAGCCCGCGAGCCGCCGAAGCCCUUCCUGAACUUACAGAGAGCGAGAGGGAGGCUGUAAUCCGCGAGCGGACCCACAAGUGGUCCCAGCCGUGGAUGUUGUACUUCCUGGUCGCCAUGUGCUCCCUAGCGGCGGCGGUGCAGGGAAUGGACGAGACGGUUAACAACGGGGCGCAAGCUAUCUAUCUUACGCAACUCGGCAUCGUCCCCGAAGAUAAAAACAAUACCAACUUCCGUUUCGACAAGCCCAUGCAGGACUACCUGACUGGUCUGGUCGUCGGCGCUCCCUAUCUCGCUUGCGCCAUUCUCGGCUGCUGGCUGACCGAGCCAUUGAAUCGGUAUCUGGCGCGACGGGGCACCAUCUUCUGGUCAUGCUUCAUCGCGGCCGUCGCGUCUAUUUGGGAGGGGGUCGCCAACUCGUGGGUCAACCUGUUCGUUGCCCGCUUUGUCUUGGGACUGGGGAUUGGGUCCAAGUCGUCAACAGUCCCGGUCUACGCCGCCGAGUGCUCACCUGCACCUAUCCGCGGUGCCCUCGUCAUGAUGUGGCAGAUGUGGACGGCUUUUGGCAUCAUGCUGGGCAACGUCAUGGGCGUCGCUUUCAUGGACGUCGAAAAAGACCUCGCCUGGCGCCUCAUGCUGGGGUCCACCGUCGUCCUCCCCAUUUUCGUCUGCAUCCAAGUGUAUUUAUGCCCCGAGUCGCCCCGCUGGCUUAUCCAGCACAACCGCAUUGACAAGGCCUUCGCGGCCUUCCAGACACUGCGCCCCACAGACCUACAAGCGGCCCGCGAUCUGUACUACGCCUACGUUGGGGUACAGCUGGAGCGUGAAGUCAACCAGGGGAAGAACUUCUUUACGAUGUGCAUGGAGCUGUUCACCGUCCCGCGUAUCCGACGCGCGACUUUGGCCAGCUGGAUCGUCAUGUUCAUGCAACAGUUCUGUGGAGUCAAUGUCAUUGCAUACUACUCCACCACCAUCUUCACCGACAGCGGCUACUCGAUCAAGCAAGCCCUCUUGGCAUCCAUGGGCACAGGAAUCCUGAACUGGGUCUUCGCGUUGCCCGCCUUCUUCACAAUCGACACAUGGGGCCGUCGCAACUUGCUGCUUUUCACCUUCCCCAUUCUCGCACUCUGCCUCUUCUGGACCGGCUUCUCAUUCUGGAUCGACGAAAAAAAUCCAGAGAGCAAGGCCCGCGUCGCCAUGGUCACCACUGGGAUGUACCUCUUUGAGGUCUUCUACUCGCCCGGCGAAGGCCCCGUCCCCUUCACCUACUCGGCUGAGGCAUUCCCCCUCAACGUCCGAGAGGUCGGCAUGUCGUGGGCGACGGCCACUACCUGGUGCUUCAACUUUAUCUUAUCCUUCACCUGGCCCAUGUUGAAGAGCACCUUCCGCCCCCAGGGUGCCUUUUGCUGGUACGCGGCCUGGUGUGUCUUGGGAACAUUCCUUGUUUUGUUGUUCGUCCCGGAGACGAAAUCCCUCACCCUGGAGGAACUCGACCAGGUCUUCUCCGUGCCGACCCGCGUGCAUGCUGCUUACCAGCUAAGAAAUGCCAUCUGGCAUUUCAAGGUCAAAGUCCUACGCAAGCGUCUUGAUCCCAUGCCCGAUUUCUCUCAGUGGAUCGAGGCGGAGACCUCAAGCCAGAGCUCGUAGAGAGGAUAAUCCUUUUUCUCAUUCACUCAUUCAAUCAUUUCCUCAUUUCCUCACUUCCUCACUUUCUCCCUUAUUUCAAUCUUUUAUUCUCAACUUCCAACUUGUAUCAAUGAUUGCUAUUGAUGUUGUUAUUAUUCAAUGUCCUGCGUUGGUGGUUCUGGGUCCGUCGAUCUCAUACAUAUCAGGAUUUUCCUGGGACGGGCAGGCAGUUAUCAUGGAUUGGAGUUGCGCUGUAAUGAAUACGGGAUGAAAACCCACGCGCGAGUGAUGUUUAUAUCAUUAAUGUAACUAAG